AUGAUUAGUCAUGAAGUGUUUAAGGACACAUUGUUAAAGUGUUGGAAAGGUAAUAUUCCCAAACGGGUAGUAGUGGCUCUUUCAGGAGGUGUAGAUUCAGUAUGUUUAACCUAUUUAUUAAGUGAAUAUCGUAAUAAGUAUAAUCCUCAAUUAGAUAUUAAUGCAAUAACUAUUGAUCAUAAAUAUCGAAUAAAUUCUGAUCAUGAAGCUGUUAAAGUAGGAGAAUUAGUUCGAAAAUGGGGGGUUAAUCAUAUAAUUAAGGGGUUAAGUUAUGAACAAAAUAUUCAUAAUUUAUCAAGUUUUGAAGAAGUGGCAAGAAUGAAAAGAUAUAAAGUAUUUGAAGAUAUUUGUCUUGAAUUAAAUUCUGAUUUAUUAGUAGCCCAUAAUCUUAAUGAUCAGAUUGAAACUUUUGUUCAACGAUUACAGGGGAAUCUGUCAUUAUUUGGUCUUUGUGGAUUAAAAUUACGUUCAGUAUUACCAGUUCAACAACAAAUUCCUUAUAAACAUCAAAUAUUAGUAUUAAGACCAUUAUUAUCAUUUGAUAAACAACAACUUAUUGAAACAUGUCAAAAUUCAAAUAUUAAAUGGUUUGAAGAUAUCACUAAUAAGGAUAUAACUUUAACCAGAAGAAAUUAUCUUCGACAUCUUAUUAAUGAUAUUAUACCGAAUAAUGACAAGUAUAAUAGUAUUUCAAAACAAAAUCUAAUCGAAACUCAUCAACAAGUUGUCGAUUUACUGAAUUGUUUACUUAAAAAAGUAAAGUAUAUUCAUGAGUAUAUGAUUGAUAAUGAUUGUAUUAAAGUAGAUGAGAAAAAUGCAAAGCUUAGAUUAAUAUUUCCUAAAAGUUUACUUACUACCGAUAGUAUAUUACCGUUUAGUCGGUAUCUAUACUUUACAUUAUUCCCAUUUUCUUCAGUCAAACAUUAUCAUUGGGUAUAUGCUAAAUUAGAGCGACAAUUAGUACCUAGAUUUGUUAAUUAUUUACAAACCAACAAUAAGUCUCGAGGUAAAUUCAUAUACCUUAAUCUUGUAUUUGAAAUGACUAGUUAUGCUGAUCGUAUUUUACUUGAAGUUGUACGACAACCUAUUCAACGAACUGAUUUAUCACAAAUUGAAACUUCAGUACUGAUAACUAAUGAAUGGUCAUCAUGGGUAAUGUUCGAUAGAAGGUUCUGGCUUCGAUUUAAACUGAAUCUGUCUCUGAAUCAUCCAACAUCCCUUACCAUAGUCCCUUACAAUCAUAAACUUCAUCGAAAAUUAUUACAUCCCAAUAUUGCCCAAAGUGAUAUAUUCUCUCCUUCCAUCAAUACUAUACCGGCAAUAAUUAAUAAUGAUAAUAUGAUAGUUGGACUCCCUACACAUGAUUUGUAUAUAGACAAUUCCAUUUCAGGAGAAUGGACAUUAAAACCAAAUGUAUAUAGUAAAGAUCUUAUGGAUUAA